GCCUGGGCGGGGAAAGUACAUACCAGUCUAAAUAGGUCCACACCAGACUUUCACUUCUUUGUUCUACCGCAGCAGCUUUUUCCGCUUCUUUUACAGAAUAACAAACAUUACAGCCUGGGGGAAGAAUACCAGCAGCGGUUUCAGAACUUUGUUAGCAAUAAGAGGAAGAUUGAUAAGCACAAUGCUGGGAACCACACCUUCCAAAUGGGUCUGAAUGCAUUCUCAGACAUGACAUUCAACGAAUUCAGAAAGAAGUAUCUCUGGCAUGAACCCCAGAACUGUUCUGCCACUACUAGCAACUUUGUUAGCAGUGCUGGACCAUAUCCAAAAACCAUAGACUGGAGGAAAAAAGGAAAGUAUGUGACACCCGUGAAAAACCAGGGUCCUUGUGGCAGCUGCUGGACUUUCUCAACCACUGGCUGUUUGGAGUCUGCUAUUGCCAUCGCAACAGGGAAGUUACUGAACCUGGCUGAGCAACAACUGGUUGACUGUGCUCAGAACUUCAACAACCAUGGAUGUAGUGGAGGUCUCCCCAGCCAGGCGUUUGAGUACAUCCUGUACAACAAAGGACUCAUGGGGGAGGAUAUGUACCCUUAUCAUGCAGAGAAUGGUACCUGCAAAUUCCAGCCUCAGAAAGCCAUUGCGUUUGUCAAAGAUGUCAUCAACAUUACCCUGUAUGAUGAACAGGGCAUGGAAGAAGCAGUAGGGAGAUACAAUCCAGUGAGCUUUGCCUUUGAAGUGACAGAAGACUUCAUGCACUACAAGCAGGGGGUUUACACCAGCACACAAUGUGAUAAAACCCCAGACAAGGUCAAUCAUGCAGUCCUGGCUGUAGGCUAUGGAGAAGAGAAUGGACUUCCUUACUGGAUUGUGAAAAAUUCCUGGGGCUUCCAAUGGGGCAUGGAUGGAUAUUUCUAUAUUGAACGUGGAAAGAACAUGUGUGGACUGGCUGACUGUGCCUCCUACCCAGUUCCUCUCAUCUAAAGCGAGGCUGGAUUUCAAUAUGGGGAGAUAGAAGUAGGCAAUGCCUGAAGGUGCCAAGCAGUAAAGAACGACAAGGAGGAAGAGCAUCCCUCUGGGGAGGAGCUCAGCGAGUGGACAUUUCCUCCUCCGUAUCCAAGGGAGAGACCACAGUGUGAUUUCAGCCUGAUUUGCUAUGCUUGCCAAACGCCUCACUCCCGUUUUAUUUCCCCAGCAGUACUGCUCAAACGGCAUCAAAUUAUGCCCUUUUAUUAAUUCUCUGGUACCGCAUCCCUAAUACGUGAUCUCUCACACACCCUGUAAGAAAGGAACUGAUAUAUCGCCGCGUUUCCCCCGACACGCACAGACAUUGCGCCGCUUCACUGAAUCAUUUUUGUAAUGGACUUCUAUUCAGAUUUAUAAUAAAAAGGAUUUAUAGACGA